UUCUCAUACUCUUUAACAAAAAAAAUAAAAUCCACAGUCGGCCAUUGUCGAGAGAGGAGAGAUUCAUCGGUGUCGACGGUUAUGGCGAACACAGAGCCUGAAGCGGUGGAUUUCGAGCCGGAGGAGGAUGACCUGAUGGAUGAGGACGGUGCCGGUGACGCCGCAGAUGCCUCCCCACGCGCCGGACAUCCGAGGCUGAGAUCUGCCAUCUCCGGCGUCGACGGAGAUUCUGCGCAGAAGAAAACCAAAGGCCGUGGCUUUCGAGAGGGUCCUGACUCCGAUCGCCAACGCCGUCUCUCUUCUCGUGAUUUCGAUUCUCUCGGUUCCGACGGCGGUCCUGGACCGCAACGAUCCAUUGAAGGGUGGAUUAUUCUGGCCACUGGGGUGCACGAGGAGGCACAGGAGGAUGAUUUAUUGAAUGCUUUUGGUGAGUUUGGGGAGAUAAAGAAUCUGCAUCUGAAUCUCGACCGCCGUACCGGGUUUGUCAAGGGCUAUGCGUUGAUAGAAUAUGAGAAGUUUGAAGAAGCACAGAAAGCUAUUUCAGAAAUGAAUGGUGCCGAGCUUCUCACGCAGACGGUCAACGUGGACUGGGCCUUCAGCAAUGGACCCAGUGUUGGAUCGUACAGGAGAAAGAACAUGAGUUCUUCCUUCAGAUCUGGAAGGACACAGCGCUCGAGGAGUCCAAGAAGACGAUACUAAUAAAAUCCCUUUUCACUCUUCUGUACGGUGUAAGUUGUGAUUUUAGUGAAGGGAGUCUUGACUCACUUUUCAUGGCAUGUGGCUGAGUCCGAUGCUUGUUUGUUUGUCUCUCUACACAUUUUGUGUUCAACGGUCUUGGGAUUUGCUCUGUGUGGUUGUUUUUUUUUUUAUAAUCUCUUCGUUUCAUUGUCUCAGAAGUAAUUUUUGUGGGAUUUUUUCUUGAACAUUGUAUUGUAUGAUUUAAAAAAAAAUACGGUAACGUAGCACAA